AUACACAAUUUCCCGUGUACCAAGCUCCUUCAGCCAUGAGUUUCUACCAUCAGAAUCCUGUUUCUUGGCCAGCAACUCCAUCUAAUGCAUUUAGCCGCUCCACCGUUUAACCCUGGUCAUGUCCCGGUUUAUCAGCCAGUUUUGGAGGCCAAUGGCUUGUAUGUAGAGGAGCGAAAUCAGAUUUCCAAGUCUGGUACAGCAAACGAAGCUUUCACUGAAUUUAAUGCGGAGACGGUUGUUCAUGGCAGGCUGCAUGCAACAGAACAAGCAGCAAAUGGAGAAGGAAAGCAAAGUGAUGUCUCUUCCAAAUCACACAAGGACGACACUAGCUUUUCCUUGUUCCAUUUCGGUGGACCCGUGGCUCUUUCAAUGGGAUGCAAAUCUAAUCCUGUACCUCUGAAAGAUGAGAUUGUGGAAGAACUUUCUUCCCAGUUUAAAGCAGAUCAUGUUGAAAAUGGUCAUGGUUGCAAUAAAAAGGAGUCUACUGUUGAACAGUACAAGUUGUUUGCGGCAAGUAAUGGGAUAAGGUUUUCCUUCUUCUGAUAUAGUGGCUGGGUGUAGGUUUUGGCAGUUCAGUCCCUACCUUCUUUCCCAGGAUAUUUGAGAGUACUUUAAAACUGGGCGUACGAUAAUCUAAAAUCCAAGUUAGCUUAUUGGUUCUUAGUAUAUUGUUUAACCAAUUUGUGUCAUUGUUUUUGAAAUUGAAUGUAGAGAAAGAAAAGAAAAAGGUUGGGAGAGUGUCAUUAUGAUGUUUUGAGCGCUUUUGUGUUUUUUUCCCUUGGGUUAAUGAAGCUUUUCUGGUUUGAGAUUUUGUUAUAUUGGCAUUCAUUAGUCAUUUCAUUUCAAUUUCUUGAAUGGUUUGCUUCAGAUUGAAUAUUAAGUAUAUUUCCCUUGAUUUUAUUU